GUUUAAAGAGGAGGUGCGCGUAUUCUAUGGUAUCCCUUUCGCUAAACCUCCCAUUGGCCCUCUUCGAUUUAGGAAACCGUUGCCUAUAGAACCGUGGCACGGUGUCCUGAACGCCACUGUGCUACCAAAUAGCUGCUACCAGGAGAGAUACGAGUACUUUCCAGGCUUCCCAGGCGAGGAGAUGUGGAAUCCGAAUACUAAUAUAUCCGAGGAUUGCUUGUAUCUAAACAUAUGGGUGCCACCGAAGAUGAGGCUAAGGCACAGAGGUUCGGAAACGUCAGGUAACGGUGAAAAGAGUGGUCUGCCGCUUCUCGUUUGGAUCUACGGGGGUGGAUUCAUGAGUGGAACAGCUACGUUGGACGUGUACGACGCAGAUAUCAUGGCAGCUGCCAGCGACGUGAUUAUAGCCUCCAUGCAGUACAGAGUCGGAGCUUUUGGGUUUCUCUAUUUGAACAAGCAUUUCACCAAUAGCGAGGAGGCACCUGGGAAUAUGGGUCUGUGGGACCAGGCUCUCGCGCUCAGGUGGCUCAGAGACAACGCUGUCGCUUUCGGAGGUGAUCCUGAUUUGAUUACCAUCUUCGGAGAGUCUGCUGGAGGCAGUUCUGUCAGCUUGCAUUUAAUCUCGCCCGUCACCAGAGGCUUGGUCAGACGUGGAAUCCUUCAGAGUGGCACUCUGAACGCCCCGUGGAGUUACAUGACUGGCGAGAAGGCGAACGAGGUGGCUAGGGUGCUGGUAGACGACUGUGGUUGCAAUUCCACGAUGCUCCAGGAGAAUCCAGCCAGGGUGAUGGCUUGCAUGAGAUCCGUGGACGCGAAAACCAUCUCUGUGCAGCAGUGGAACAGCUACGGGGGCAUCCUCGGCUUUCCAUCGGCGCCCACCAUCGAUGGGAUCUUCCUACCUAAGCAUCCGUUGGAUCUCCUCAGGGAGGCUGACUUCAAGGACACGGAGAUCCUGAUCGGCAACAACGAGAACGAGGGUACCUACUUCAUCCUGUACGAUUUCAACGACGUGUUCGAGAAGGACAAACCGACAUUCGUGAAGCGGGACAGAUUCGUCAACAUUAUCAACAAUAUUUUCAAGAACAUGUCUCAGAUCGAGAGGGACGCCAUCACGUUCCAGUACACAGACUGGGAACAGGUGAACAACGGCUACCUCUAUCAGAAGAUGAUCGCGGACGUAGUUGGCGACUACUUCUUCAUCUGUCCGUCGAUCCACUUCGCCCAACUGUUCGCGGAUCGUGGCAUGAAGGUCUACUACUACUUUUUCACCCAAAGGACGAGCAGCAAUCUAUGGGGCGAGUGGAUGGGAGUGUUGCACGGUGACGAAGUGGAGUACGUGUUCGGGCAUCCGAUGAACAUGUCCUUGAAGUAUAGCAAAGAGGAACGAGAUCUGUCCAUCAUGAUGAUACGAUACUUCUCCAAGUUCGCCUAUACGGGGCAGCCGACGAACGAGAAUGAGUGGCCACCGUACUCGAGGGACCAGCCGCAGUACUAUAUCUUCAACGCUGAGACAACUGGCCUUGGGGGGAAAGGGCUACGAACCACGGCCUGCGCCUUUUGGAACGACUUCCUGCCCAGGCUGAAGGGGGUACCAGAUCCAGCACCAGAGGCUUGCAACAAUGCGAUAACUUCGAGCGUGUCAGCAGGCGCCGAGGAUCUAGCCAACUCCAUCGUGAUCACGGUGUUGUCGUCGAUCCUGGUUUUAUCCAGAGUCAUUUAAAGGCCAAGUAAGAGGGACCCUUUAUCGAUCGAGAGCCUUUUGAGUGCCAGGUAUCCGAGGUUCAAACAGUUGCACGAGUAUUAGGUCUUCGCUCCAGGAUCUCGUUAACACCCUGUUAAUCGUCCGGGCUGAUCGAUGGAUCCCGGCCGCUCAUCGCCGUCGAGAGACCGCCUUUCCCCCCUCAACCGGGCACAGAAGAAGAGGAGAAAGAACGGGGUUCCAAUCGCCAGAUGUUCAAAACGGAAUUUCUACUAUCUGAAAUAACUCUUUCCAAUACGGUACAAUACAGCAAGUCCAUAAAAUGGACUCUUCAGGGCCACGCGAAAGCCUCCAGCUUGAUCAUCUAAUGACCAACGCCUGCGAGAUCGAUGGAGGAAGAAAAAAAGAACGUGGAAGCUGACCUAAAUACAUCUGUUCAUGAAAUGGGCUCACCAGGGCCAAGAAAAGCCUCCAUCCUGGCGAUUUAAUGGCCAGGCAUGAAAGAUUGAUGGACGUCACUGAGAAAAUGGGGACACGCCGAUAAGUGUCAGGUCACAAGAGUGUCUCAGAGGGGAUUGCAUCCCUCUGUAGAAGGCUCGGAUUAUCGAUUUCCUCGAGUAGAACGCGAAAAUUCCUCCCGAAAAAUUCGUGCACAGAGAUUGAAAAGAUAUCGGAAAAGGGGAGAAAUAUCGAUGGAACAGGUUCGAGAACUGUACGAACGUUGGACGAGUGAAUUGAGCGGAACAUACAGGUGGCCGCGAGAUUUGAAUAAAAAUGGCCGGGUCUGAAUCGACUGAUAAUGCACGGACAGGCAAUUUACAUAAAUAAUACUAGGGGGGACAGGCGGAUCGAUACCGUGACAGAGGAAAAACGCGUUCCAGGGGCGGCGUAAACAGUCGGGGCUAUUAACCACCUGUUCGUGCAAUCGAUGGCUCGUGACGUAAAAGUUUCAUUAGUAAAACGCAACAAGUGCUCCACGGUUUUGCAUAAGAAUCUCUUUGGAUCGUGUCCAGAAGCCCUGCCAUCCUGGAUUCCGGCCUUCGCAGAGUCAACUUGGAUCGUGAUCGUACCGCCGGGUGAAAAGUUUCAAGGUGUCUCGAAUCUAUUCGCCGUAUGUGUUCCAGGUGGGCGAUAGAAGUGAGACAUUUCGCGAAAAAUGGAUUUAGCAAGGCUCGGAAUGCACGAGAAGAAAUAUUCUGCCCAAAAGCACACACUUCUCUUCACAGAAUCUUCGAGAGACACCCUCGAGAAGUUAGAAGAAGCAAGAAGAUUUCGCGUAUCAAUCAGAGAUAACCAAUUCGUGAAAUUUUCUUCACCAUAAAAAGGCAAAUCCACGCGAGUAAAUUUGAAGAAGGAAAAAAAGAGAAGGAGGCCUUUCUGUGACAUCCUAUGAAAUCCAAGAUGACGAACUCUCGUGAAACUAACCUGUAGAAAUCUGCUCAGGCCAGAGGGCUGAAAUAUCCUCGAGGAGACACUCGAUCCAAC